AUGGCCUCCCUACCCAAAACCUCAUUCACCCUAAAAGGCGGCUGCUUCUGCAGCGCAAUCCGCUACACAAUCCAAGUCCCGCCACUCUCCGCUCGUCCCAUCAUCCCCGUAGAGAAAGACGAGCCUAUUGGUGUCCAAGACGAAGUAACAGCACGCCUACCCUUAAUUGACCUCGAUCACUGCAACUCCUGCCGCCGCAUCUCCGGCUCCGUAUUAGAAUUCUGGCUCAUCAUCCCACAAUCAUGGGUUCGUUUCUCGUUACUCCCCAAGGACCCAGCGUGUGGCCACGCUGAACCAGCAACAGUGGAUGUGGUGACCGGAAAGAGCGAAAUACUAGAGUCGACGUUCUUGAGUAGCUACUCGAGUUCAGAGGGUGUGAAGCGGAGUUUCUGUGGGAGGUGCGGCACGAAUUUGACGUUUCACUAUACGGCGCUGGGUGGGAUGGCGAAGGCGGCGAGGGAGAAGGGGGUGGAGUGGGAGCCGCAUAUGGAUGUUACGCUUGGGAGUUUGGAUCGGGAGGGCUUGGAGAUGGAGGGGAUGAGACCUACUGAAGUUGCGUUUCCGGAGGAUGGGAUUGGGUGGGUGAAGAGGUUGUUGAAGGAAGGAGAGAAGUGUUUCUCUGAAUGGAUUUGA